UCUCCAGGGUCGGAUUGAUCGUCGUACUGCGUGACGACCAAAAUAGCCAACUAGCGGGCAAGCUACACACUGUAGUUAAUAUCCGCAUUAGCUAAUAGUGAUAACAAUUUUUAAAAUAACAGAACUCCGCUACAGCGACCGAGGAAACGGUUGAUCCCCAUAAUCAUGACAGAGCUUCGGCACCGCGGCGCAGCAGAGAACGACUUGCAACAACAGUCAGCAGAUGACAAGGGCUCGGAGGGGGAGACGCGGGCCGAUGGCGACGCCGCCUCGGACAACGAGGCCAAGCCGGAGGUUCCCGCCCCGGCCGACGACACCCCGGUGGUCCUGAACAAAGCCCUGUCCGGGCUGUCGUCACGAUGGAGGAACUGGUGGGUGCGAGGAAUCCUCACUCUGGCUAUGAUCUCCUUCUUCUUCAUCAUUAUCUACCUGGGCCCCAUGGUGCUCAUGAUGAUCGUGCUGUGUGUGCAGAUCAAAUGCUUCCAGGAGAUCAUCACCAUCGGCUACAGCGUCUACCACUCCUACCACCUGCCCUGGUUCAGAACGCUGAGCUGGUACUUCCUGCUGUGUGUGAACUACUUCUUCUACGGAGAGACGGUCACCGAUUACUUCUUCACUCUGGUGCAGAGGGAGGAGCCGCUGCGCAUUCUCAGCAAAUACCAUCGCUUCAUCUCCUUCGCCCUGUACCUCACAGGGUUCUGCAUGUUCGUGCUGAGCCUGGUGAAGAAGCACUACCGCCUGCAGUUCUACAUGUUCGGCUGGACCCAUGUCACUCUCCUGAUAGUGGUGACUCAGUCCCACCUCAUCAUCCACAACCUCUUUGAAGGAAUGAUCUGGUUCAUCGUGCCCAUCUCCUGCGUCAUCUGCAACGACAUCAUGGCCUACAUGUUUGGCUUCUUCUUCGGCCGCACCCCCCUCAUCAAGCUGUCCCCUAAGAAGACCUGGGAAGGAUUUAUUGGAGGGUUUUUUGCCACCAUUGUGUUUGGAAUCCUGCUGUCCUACGUGAUGAGCGGGUACCGGUACUUUGUCUGUCCGGUCGAGUUCAACAACGACUCCAACAGGUUCACUGUGGACUGCGAGCCGUCUGAGCUCUUUCAGCUUCAGGAGUACGUCCUGCCCUCUGUGCUGGAGUCCCUCACCGGCUGGACGACGGUGCGGAUGUACCCGUUCCAGAUCCACAGCAUCGCGCUGUCCAGCUUCGCCUCCAUCAUGGGGCCCUUUGGGGGCUUCUUCGCCAGCGGCUUCAAGAGGGCCUUCAAGAUUAAGGACUUUGCGGACACCAUCCCCGGGCACGGCGGGAUUAUGGACCGCUUCGACUGCCAGUAUCUCAUGGCCACCUUUGUCAACGUCUACAUCGCCAGCUUUAUCAGGGGACCGAACCCCAGCAAAGUGAUCCAGCAGCUGCUAGCCCUGCGAUUGGACCAGCAGCUCCACAUCUUUAACUCCCUAAAGGCACACCUCACGGAGAAAGGGCUGCUCUCGGCCAUUGAGGAGGCGGCGUAGGCGGGCCUAAGGAUGAGGAGGACGAAUAGCAGCAGGAGUAGGAGGAGGAGGAGGAUGAAGGGGAGGGAGAAGGUCAGCCUUGUAGCAGCAGGCAGUCUGAUGCUUUUUGAGGAAGUGGGAUUAUUGAAUGGUGCUUAUCUGAGCAAGAACGCAACCGAACAGACUACAGCUAAACCUUGGAUCAUUCCGUUCCGUGUGUGUGUGUGUGUGUGCGUGCGUGUAUGCGUGCGUGCAUGCGUGUAUGCAUGUGUGUACGUGUGUGUGUGUGUACCACUGUUUCUGUGUAUCUCUUUACGGUUACGUUUGUGUGUUACAGUUCUGCGUCAUUUAGUUUUAGUUGUGUUAGCUCGUCUAUUUACAAAUGCAGUGAUGACACGUUCAGUCUCGAGUGAUCAUGAGGUCAGCUGCACAUUUCCUCUUACAUACAGUAGACUGCAUUAUAUAUAAAAAACGUGUGUGAAUAUUUUAUGGUACAUAUUUUAUUUGACCUUAUUUUAAUGCACUGUGUUAACCACACAUUCACAAGGUAACUCCUCUAUAAAUUCACAGUCAGAGUGGCUUUCGUCAGUCAGCAUUUAUUGCAUCAUAUGUUCGUAUAUUGGUGGAGUUCGCUGCAGAAUAAUAUUGCAUCAUGCUAAAUGUCAGCUGAACAUUUAUUUAAACCUACAGAUGUCUAUUUAUCUAUAUUCUGUCUUAUCUGUGAAAGCCAAUCACUUUGCCAUGCAAAUAUAUAUAUAUAUAUAUAUAUAUAUAUAUAUAUAUAUAUAUAUAUAUUUAUGGGUCUUAUAAUAGUGUAAUGUAUUUCAUGUGACUGAUGCCACAGUUCUGUGCCACAGACUGAGUUCAUUUUGUGCCAGCCAGUUCAGAGCGAUUGUAGCCCGGGGUUAGCACUGCUGUUAGCCUGGCAGUGUAAUGUCAGAGACAAGUAGAGGCUUGCAUGUAGUGUUUGUCUAAGACAAAGUCAUUUGGCUCCAGACAGGUUAAAUUGAUGUUAACCAGUGGGGAAUUCCCCCCCUGAGGCAUUUCUGGGAUUAUGAAUGUUUGUUUGUGUAAACUGGGAUUAUGAAUGUUUGUUUAUUACAUUUCAGCUGUCCUGGAAAACCCUUGAAUAUAUUUUUUUCCGGGAUGGUAAUGGUGGAAAAAUAACAGAGUGCUAUAAAAACGUGUCCAGCUUUCACAGAGAGCAAUACACACAUCUGCUGUUAGUUUAUAAGCUUGUAAGUUCAUCGUCAGGUCUCGCUCUGUCAGUGAGAGCGUUUGACAGUCCUUUUAAACCCUAAAGCUGAUCCAGGAAGUAAGUCAUUGGUGGCAGAUAUUUGUUGCCAGGAGCAUGAAAAUAUGUCUGUAACAGUUCUCUUUUUUAACCCUUUGAAGACUAGUUUUUAAAAAAAUGUUUUUUUUUCCAAAAGUCCAUUGCUUUCAAUUACCAGUAGUGUUUGUUACAUCAGCAAUAGAAUGUCCCGUUAAGAACAUUCUAAUCAUAUAUCUGUGAUGUCACACCUUAAACGUUAAAAAUUCUCUACAGUUUAUUGCAGUAUUACGGAUAAUGCUUGAAAUGGGAAUGCGAUUUGAGCUUUAACCCUGAGGCAUACAACUUUGGGGUGUGGAUGAACUGUAGCCACUACUGUGCUCCUAGAGAUGUCAGUUUCAGUGAUUUCCAGCAUAUUGGCUACUCUGUUAUUCUAAGCAUGUAUGUGAGAAGCGUGCUAAAGUGCUCCUGUCUACUAAUGAGCAUGUCUGACUGGCUGGUGCAGAAAGUCUGUGGUCUCAUCCGUUGAUAUUAAAACACUGCCAAUAUUUUGUAAAACUAGCCGUGACUGGGGAAAAAGAAGUAUUAUUUGUUUUAAUGAUUAAUCACGUAUAUUUAACUUGUGUUCAGGUCAGGUGGACUGAUGCAUGUUCAGUUUUGCUGUUGAGGUUUGUCCUCGGGAGGAAAGUUGCUUGAAAAGUUUGUUUACACGCGUCCAUGACAGCUUGGAAGGCUACGUCCGCAAUCGUCAGCGUAAUCGCUGUUUUCCCUGUGCUGGUGAAACUUGGAGUUUUCUUUCACUGCCUUGUAGUCAGGCUGGUCUCUUUGCCUACACAUCCCAGAAUCCCCAGUAUAGUCAGGUUGGUCUCUGUGCCUACACUUCCCAGAAUCCCCAGUAGUCAGGCUGGUCUCUACCUACACUUCCCAGAAUCCCGAGGGGUCAGGCUGGUCUCUGUACUGACGCUUCCCAGAGUCCCCUGGGCUAUGGGGAUGAAGAUGCUAGGCCCUUUUAUACACUGGUUUAUGAUAAGGAGGAAAUUGGCUUCAUAGUGCUUGAGAUCUAAUGCAGUUUGCUGCAUGAUUGUUCCCCUCUCCUUGAAUGGCCACAGACCACAGACUCCACAGACUGUUUCAGAGUCUGUGUGAUGUCACAUCAUAGCUCGUCCCAGGUCUAUAUGACAUCACAGUAUAGCUUCUUCUCAGGUCAGUGUGACAUCAUAGUAUAGCUCCUCCCAGGUCCAUGAGAUGUCACAGCAUAGCUCCUCCCAGCAGUCCCCCUCAAUAAAGUCUUCAACUUUUUUUUUUGGUCAGGAGUCAGGACAGUCAAUAUUUUUGAGUCUACAGUUCACAUGCCUAUCUGUUUGAUAGUACAAUCAAACCUUUCAGAUACAAGUAAUGAGAAAUAUUUAUAAUCACACUUGCAGAAUGAAUGAAUUAGUUUUAAAUUAAAAAUAAAAUUUUAGAUUGUUUUCAGAGAUUUUCUUUUUUGUUUGUUUUUUAUUGUUGUGGGAUCAAAAUGGUCACCUUAAAUUGUUGGUUUGCGUCCAGCACUAAAGUAUAAAGCACUGUUUAAAUUUGCUCAAUGUUUGUUUCUUGUCAGUAGUGCUCAAGAAUUGUUUCAGCUCCUACUGUAAAUUGGACCUUGACUUGGACUCAAAAGGCCUCUUUUCUCAGUAAAGAAUUGAGAACCUAUGACACACAAAAGAGAUACUGAAAAUGACUGGCAAAUAACUGUCCAAUCAGCUGUUUACUGCCAAAGCAGGUUAUUCUGAUAUGCUGCAACCAGGAGUGAUGGGCAGGGCUUGAUUUAAGUCCAACCCUGGUUUCAUCGCAACAAGUGCACACUUGGACCACACUACACUAGUAGUGGAAUAUGAUUCUGAUGUGAUGUACUUCUAUGUUUUAUUGAUUGGCAAAAUUGAUUGUGAAUCUCUUUCCCGCUAGAUUAUACUUGUGCGCAAACCUGUUUUAAGACAAAUUCCAUAAAACUGAUGCGGAUUUUUGUACUGCUUUGCCCCAUUUUGAGAUUCCAUACAGAGUGGCUCUGCUUCUGUUGUACUAACAAUCGGCUGCAGGUUGAUUGUGCAUUAAAGGUGAUGCCUUCAUACCUUGAACAUUGAAAUUCUUAUUUCAUCUUCUGCCACAUUUUAACCUUCCCAACGCCAUUAAAUCUAGAACAGAGGUCCGUAAGAUUGUCCUGAAAACUGCCAAUUACAAAUGAAAUCUGAGGUUACAACUGUACCAAAGUCUCGUAGAAAUGUCUACUCAAGAUGGCCGAUUCGGCUCCUCACAGGGCGAGGCUCAAGCAACCUUUGUGCAGAUAUGUAUUUUUUUUUUUUUUGUUUUGUUUUUUAGUUUCUUGGGGUGCUGUCUACGUUCGUAAAAUGCUUUUAAACAUUUCUCUUCCUGCCUGAUUGUUACUUGCAGAUGCUACUGUAUAUGAGCCACGAGCACUGGCACGAGCUGGGACGCACCCCCCGGGUGGAAUUUGUUAAUGGGCGCACCCCUCCCCCUCCCCCUCGCCCUUUCCUGAUCUGUUUUCAAUGCCGUUGUGAAACGAUUCGGAUGGUCCCUGUGCAGAACAGGGCCCAUUGCACGCUGGUCUUUUAAUUCCAGAACAGCGUCCCCUUCAAUGUCCUUACGUCCACUGCGCCCUGUCUAUUCACUUUUGUGAGUGUCCCAUUUGUCCAUCCGUCAGUUGUGUAAACCUCUUCUUUUUUUUUUUUUACAUUCGUUCUAUAUAUAUAAGUUGAUUUGUACAGUAUAUAUAUUAAAUGUACCUUUAUUUCUGUUAUUUUGGUUCUAUGAAGUCAUAUUAAGAUCCAGCUACUUAGGUGCACAUUUCAUUAAUACCGCUUUUUGAAUAAUAUCAUAAUUAUAAUUCCAUGUUUUAUUUAAGGAAAAAUGUAGAAGCCAUAUGGUAUUUAAGGUAUGUUAUGGUGAGUAGAUCAAUAAAAAUAACAGCCAUUUUAUGAUAUUGCUGUGGUGUUUGGUGGAUUGUUUUUGGCCCAGGAUUUUCUCUUCUGUGCUUUGUGUCUUCGGAAACGUUGAAGUGCUUUUUCUGACCAUAAAAAGCCCCACCGAUCUAGAAUUGCGUUAUUGUGAUGUGUGAAAAAACAACUAGGUAGCUGCAAGAUGGAUACUUUGACAUAAGCUGUCACCUGGCAACAUGGAAGAUGACCUAUGUGGCGAGAUUAGGAUGAGUAGAGAACUUCUUUAACAAUCGGCUGCAACUCUGACAGUUGACCACCAGAGGGAGUAAAGAGUCAGAUAAUUUCAGUUGUGAUGAAAAUCCUUUUGGCUAGUCCACUUCAAAGUGAGCUUUUCUGAGUACAUGGAUUAUUCUUAAGGCUUCUUGUUCUCUUCAAAGCUUGGUAUUGAACUCUAGUUUUGAUUAUCAGCUGAUGCAGUAACAGGUGUGUUUUAUGUGAAUUGCGUUUUGCCACAAUAAUGACUACAUAUUGUCGUUUAGAAAAGUGAUAAGAGUAAUCGGACCAGCUUGAGGUGAAUAAUGGAAACGUGUUGCUUAGAAACCCACGCGUUUAAUGAUCUUUCAGCUGCUUAGUUAAUGGUGAAAGGCAAAAAUAAUAAAUAGGCAAUACCGUGGCAGUAGACACUGUAAUGUACAGCCUAAUGUGUAAAUUCAUGCGUUAUGUAAUUUUAUUAAUAUUGCCAUACAUAAUGCUCUGACCAUGGUCUGGUCUUCGUGAGGUGCAAAGUUGAAACUCAUGUUUAUUCAUGAAGGCGGUUGCACACGCCUACUUUAAACUGAUAAUGGCCACACCUGUGCCAUUGGUCAGAGUACUGCUUGUUCAACUUCCCUUCAAAAUAGAGUCACUUCCUGGGAGAUAUAGGUCUGGAUGGGGUGCUAUUUAUUUUCACGAUUAAAGGUGAAUAUGUGGCACCAAAAGUUUCUGUCAGACGUUUGAACUGCUUGCAUUCCUGCCACUGACAUGGUGUUGCACUAAAUGAAAGGGUUACUCUGUGGAAUCCUUGGAAUCUUCAGAACACAACUGUUACCUGUUUGCCUCUGAGAGCUCAUGUCAAUGUUUCUACUUCAUCAUCAUCAGCGUCAUUACUAUGAUUAUAAUUACUAUUAUAGAUAUACUGUAUUGCUUUGUGUUUUAUUGUAUUUCUUUUGGGAAAGUUUUGAAGUUGUACAUUUCAGAAAACAUUGGUAAAAAUUUGCUUUCCCUCGUGGUAAGCACUGUGUUUAAAUUGUGUUAUGGUAUUAAAAAAGGAAAGUGGAAUAA